GUAUUUAUUCAUGGCCACCAUCACAUUUAUGACAAAUUAGGCUCCGUCUUAAUUGAUCCGCUGUUACUCUGCCUUCUGACGACGGUCCCUUUCCAACCCUAAUUACCAGCCCCUCCUCGUCAUGCCUGAUUAUUGCUAAUCGCCUCACAUCCCUCCCUUCUUCCUUCGUUCCUUCGUUACCUUGAUUGCCUUAGUCAUGAUUUCCUCGGUGAUGAUGAUAAGGUUGGUCCGACCACGCCUCAAUCUCAGUCUUCCUGUUGCCCUCCCGUUCCCAGUCUCCAGCCUCCCUCCCAACUAUCGGGGCAAGUCCUCCUCGGAGAAGGAUGGAUCGAUCCGCCCUAGGAACAAGGACGCCAAGAAAAAACGCAAGUUUUUGGACUUCAACCCACAACCCGAGAAUCCAGAACAAAAGGACAAUCUUGAGCGGUUUUUGGCCUUGGAACAGGCCUUAGAGCGCGGGUUGGAUCGAUCGCGACUGACUGAGCAGGAUUGGGCUGUUCACCGGACGCAUCAAGAAGCCGUACAAGAUUUCCAGUUGAUGUAUACUGAUCCGAUUUCGGGCUUACAGGUCUUCACGCGAUUAAGGCAUUUUCUCAAAAAUCGAUGUUGCGGAUCGGCUUGUCGCCAUUGUGUGUACGAUCAUGUCAAGGUCAAACCGAACAAGAAGGCCACUCGCGAGUUUAAUACGGCCUUUUGGCAGGACAAGAAACCACCUCUUUCGUAGUGAUAGUACAUGGAGUGAAUAAAACGAGACUUACAGGCUGCUACAGAUCCACGUUAACCUUCGAUAUGUGAUUGACAAGUUGCGACGGGUUGAUAUUUUCUUUCAGA